GUGUAUCAACACAGGUGCUGUGAGUGUAUGUAGACUGGGGAAUAGCAUACAAAGCCGAUUAGAGAGAAAUAAGUACUGUACACACGCAGCGCUGUUUCAGAUAUCAUAUAUGGGAAGAUUGAAGAACAAUUUCAAGAAACAGUAAACUAACUCACUGCUCAACUUUGGUCUAAGUUUCCAAAAUUCAGGAGCGCCAUUCAGGUUUGCUAAAUCUGAAGCCACAGCAACUGUAUCAAAUUGCUCAAAAAUGACUGCUUUGCCAAAGCUAACGCCAAGGCAGACGCCAAUUUCUGCCCCAGCAUUUUCACGGAACAUCCCCCUCACCACGGGCGGGACUCCCAAAAUGACAGCUCUUCAUGUCACUUACCCUCCUCUGGAGAGGGCGUAUACCACAGACUUUGCAAAGAUGCCCGAGAGGAUAAACCAGCUAGCUCCCGCAGAAGGAAGGCGGAGAAUAAACAUGAACACAGAAACUGCUGAGGCUAAUUAUUUAAAUGAACAGAGAAAACUGUUAAUGCAGAGAAGGGAACAUUAUAGGUAUUACAAGGCUUGGUCCAGGCCUUACUAUGGGACUCCACAGGAGAAGGAAGAGUACAGGAAAGAGACACGCAGUAUGCUAAAGCAACAGAUGGACCACAAGUGGUCAGCUGAGAAGCAGGAAUUCCUGGAAAAAGUCAAGGAAAGUCAAGCUGCGGCUGCCUAUGAUCAAAAGUGCAACAAUGAGGAUGUAGAAAAUUUCAGGAAUCGCUUCCUGUACUUGACCAAAUUUAGGGAUGAAAAUAAAAGGCUUAUGGAGAAGUUUUGGCUUGAAAGAGAAAGGAGCAAGAUUUUUGAAGAUACCUAUGAUAGGGAGCAGCUUCGUUAUAAUCCAAUAAACUGGAGUUGUACAUUGAAAUAAAGUAGGACACAAUAUCAGACAUUCUAUACAUAUAAUGCAAAGAGGCCAAAGUUCUCCAGACUUGUAAAUGGUGGUGUAAGACUUCAGUGUUGUAGAGAUCACCAGAAAAAGAGACAAAAACCUGUAUUAUGGCGCCAAAUAGAACCAGGUACACCCAGAACCACCACCCUGUCCUCAAGGUCUGACUGUUCAAAUUUGCAGAACAUCAAGUUUUCACUGGUUUUUCACAGAGAUUUGGAACCAAACACUUUUGGGUUUCAUUUUCAACAAGGUAGAAUGGUUGAUGAAUCUCAUAACAUUGCAUUAAGGGUGUGGCUUGAGUUUUUACCUUGUGCGUGUUCACUGAAAUGCCAGCCAUUGAUAGGAAUUGUGUUAUGAAUCAUUUUAAGGCAAAAGCUGCAGUAGUUUUAAGCUGAAUCAGCAGCUGAUUGCUGUAGAGUGCCAGGCAUUGCUGUGGUGAUUUGAACCAAAAUUUAAACCGUUGAUUUAUUUAUUUUGGAACUAUUUUUUAUUAUAUCAGUGCAUACUUGUUCUUGGCACUUUUUAUGAUGAAAAGCAUUGAAUCUUUUUUUUUUCACAAUUUUUAAUUAACACUGCUCAAUAUGUUCAAAAACUGCUCAAACUAAAGCUUAGAGCACAAGUUGACUCUACAGCAUAGAUCUGCCCAUUGACCUAUGCUAAUGUCUCGAUCUUUUCAAUGGACAAAAAUUAUCAAACUUUCAGAUACAUCAUAAAAUCAUAAAAUAUUAUUUUUUUGU